AUGCUCUUCUUCCACAUCUCACCAUGCCUUGAGUAUCUUCAGGCAACUGUCAAACUCCUCCUUGAUGAACUCCUUGACUUGUGCAAUGAAGAGAUGCCCUCCACACCUUCUGCAUUGGAUGCCAAUGCCACUACAAAAUGCACUGGGUCCAAUGAUGUCAUCAUGCAAAACCCCCCAGGUGCAUACAUGCACAGCUACAUCCAAGGUCCUUCCCCUUUUAUCUCCAAAACAGGCGCCACUCCUACACCUGGUCCCAGUGCCACUUCAACCUCUGCUAUGGUCACCAACUCCAGCACCAGUGCAGGUGUCAUCACCCAAACUAACCCCAGUGCUGGUAUCACUCAUACUAAACCUGGUCCUAGCAUGAUGGCUGGGACAACACUGACCACAACAACAGCUGAGGACAAUGACAGCAACAACAGCUGCUGA